ACGUUUCCCAUAGAUGUUAGCCUUAAGCUAACUGCUCAUCUUUCAUUUGUCCUGUACGUAGCCUACUCUUUCUUGUGUUGUGUGAUUAUAAUCCAAACAUAGCUUAAUCCAGAUACACUUUGCAUGUCUUGUAUGUCAGUUUUACAGAUAAAUCUUCAGUAAAUUCUUCAUAAAUCCACCAACGGACUCUGAAAGUUUAUUGAAGAAGUUGUUAGCUAUCUGCGUAGCUCGUUGCCACGCAACCAGGGAAGCACACGCACGAGCGGGGGCAGAAUAAUCGUACUUUCUCCUAAGACGUUAGUUUGCCGUUAGUUUGUAUUUGGUGUAUAACCAGUGUCUCAUGUGUUGUGAUUGGCCCCUGUAUCGGCAUUUGCUGAAUGACAACCAAUCCGUAUUCACCUUCUUAAACCACCUUCCCGCGCUACAUGAUUGGUUCUUUGCACGUGUGGAGUACUGCAGCAAUACUCGUGUAUGCAGUUUUGUAUCAAAAUGCCGAAUGUUAUCGAGACUCGCGACGAAGCUAAAGUGCGUGAGAUAGAUGCGGAUCUGAAAAACAAGCAUGCAGAGUAAGAGAGAGGCCAAGUAUGAGUUAGACAGGGAGCAAAAGAAAGCAAGGCUGGAGCAUGUGAAAAAUCAAGAGGAGUUGGCUAAAAAGAGGGAGAGGACCAACAAGCUUUUAGCUCUUGCUAAAAAGCUCAAAAUAAAGAAGAAAUAAAUUUUCUGCACCAUGAAACUGUAAAUAGUUGUAUAUAUUGUAAAUAGACAAACACUUUAUAGAACCAAAGGAAAAAUGUAUUCAUAAAUCAUACAAACAGUUUGGGACUUGUACAUGUAUGAGUGUAUGAUGAUGCUGUAGAGGAGCGGGUAAUAAAUGAAGAAUACAAAAUAUGGAAGAAAAACACGCCUUUUCUCUACGACCUGGUCAUGACACACGCUCUCGAGUGGCCAAGUCUAACGGUGCAAUGGUUGCCUGAUGUGAGCAGACCAGAGGGAAAGGAUUAUGCAGUUCAUAGACUGGUGUUGGGAACACACACUUCAGAUGAGCAGAACCACCUGGUCAUUGCCAGUGUUCAGAUCCCCAACGACGAUGCUCAGUUCGAUGCGUCUCACUACGACAGCGAGAAAGGAGAGUUUGGAGGCUUUGGGUCUGUGAGUGGAAAGAUUGAGAUCGAGAUAAAGAUCAAUCACGAGGGUGAGGUAAACCGAGCGAGGUACAUGCCACAGAACCCCUGCAUAAUCGCCACAAAGACUCCUACAUCCGACGUGCUGGUCUUUGACUACAAUAAACACCCGUCCAAACCAGACCCCAGUGGUGAGUGCAGUCCAGACCUAAGACUCCGAGGUCAUCAGAAGGAGGGCUAUGGUCUUUCCUGGAAUCCCAACCUGAGUGGAAACCUGCUGAGCGCAUCAGAUGAUCAUACGAUCUGUCUAUGGGACAUCAGUGGAUCUCCUAAGGAAGGAAAGAUUGUAGAUGCCAAAACCAUCUUCACAGGCCACACUGCUGUAGUAGAGGACGUGUCCUGGCACCUUCUGCACGAGUCGCUCUUUGGCUCAGUGGCCGAUGACCAGAAACUUAUGAUAUGGGACACAAGAUCCAACAACACAGCUAAGCCCAGUCACUCGGUGGAUGCUCACACUGCUGAAGUCAACUGCUUGUCCUUCAAUCCCUACAGCGAGUUCAUCCUAGCCACUGGGUCUGCAGAUAAGACUGUGGCCCUCUGGGAUCUGCGUAACCUGAAGCUGAAGCUUCACUCUUUCGAGUCACACAAGGAUGAAAUAUUCCAGGUUCAGUGGUCUCCUCAUAACGAGACAAUCCUGGCCUCCAGUGGAACAGACAGACGUCUCAACGUCUGGGACCUGAGUAAAAUUGGAGAGGAACAGUCUGCUGAGGAUGCUGAAGAUGGACCUCCAGAACUGCUGUUUAUUCACGGAGGCCACACAGCGAAGAUCUCGGAUUUCUCAUGGAAUCCCAACGAGCCCUGGGUGAUCUGCUCCGUAUCUGAAGAUAACAUUAUGCAAGUUUGGCAAAUGGCUGAAAACAUCUACAACGAUGAGGAGCCAGACACUCCUGCCUCAGAGCUUGAGAGCCAGACAUCAUAACAGCUUCCAGCAUGUAAUGGCAAAGUGGUGGUGGUUUUUUUUUUUUUUUUUUUUGUUAGUUUCUCAUUUGUUACAAAGAUUCAUUCAGUCAGUGUCACUUGGGAUGGAUCAGGUUAUGAAACAGCAUUUGAGGAUCUCCAGAGGCCAAAAUCCAAUUAAACCAACUCCUUUUUACUUUCAGCAUUUAUUUUUGUCGAGUCUAUGAACUUCUGUCGUCACAUAUUUCCUAAAAAUGCACAUCAUGUUUGGUAGAUCACCAUGAGACAUGGUGUGGGAGAAUGUUCUGAUGGAGAACGUCAAUUGCUUUGAAAACGCACUGCUGUUUUUUUUUUGUUUUUUUUCCUCUUUUCUUUUUCCCCCCAUGCAUGAGUGAAAGCAGGCAGUUUUCAAUCCUUUAUACUUUUUUGGGCAUAAACCUGAUGUCAAUCACAAUAAAACUUUUUGUAAUACCUUUUAA